AUGACCCAAGACCUUUUUGAUUCUUUAACAAAUGAAAGUUCAGUUGCUUCAUCAUCUAAGUCUACUGAUAUAUCCAUGACUCCAGAGAUAGAACCAUCAGACGAUAAAUCUAAAUCUCUAGAAAUUAUCGAGGAAUCAGAGAUUUCUCCUGACUUACUUGCAAAUGACGAACCAAAAAACAGCAAUGAAGAAACUCCCCAGCAGAUAUCAUACCCACCCGGAUAUUUGACCAGGGAGCAACGAGAGGUACGUCUUCGUAAAAAAGCCAUUGAACUUGGUGAAGAUCCUGACAAAUUCGUUACUAUUACUGAAAAAGAUAAGCUCGAUUCCAUAGCAUUCCGUGACAGAAUGCAGACUGAUGCAAAAAUGUGUGGUUUUGCAAAGGAGGCCGAAGAAGACCCCAGUGAAUAUAUGGAUAUGACGGUGCGAGAAAGAUUAAUAAGUGAAGAAAUAAUCCGCCGUUCUCUCGAGGAAGAUGGAUCACCUCAUCAUGGCUGGAUACUGAUGAGGAAUGGAAAAAAACGAUUAACAUACUCCAGGAAAAUG